AUGGCGACGCCGGAGCUCGCUCAAACCGACCCAGAGGGGAUUGAAGGAGUUCGGAUGACGUGGCUCAACUGGCCGCGAUCCAAGGUGGAGGCUUCAAAGUGCGUGAUCCCGAUUGCGGCCUCGAUUCAGCCGAUCCGCCCGCACGUGGAUCUGCAGAUCCUUCCGUACCCUCCCCUCCGAUGCAAGACGUGUUCCGCAGUGUUAAACCCCUAUUGCAGGGUUGAUUUCACGGCGCUUAUAUGGAUCUGCCCCUUUUGCUUCAUGAGAAACCAUUUUCCGCAGCAUUAUUCUUCAAUUUCGCAGACGAAUAUGCCUGCCGAGUUGUACCCUAAUUUUCCCUCCAUCGAGUACUCAAUCCCGAAUUACCAGAACGCGCAGAAUUACAACCCUGCCUUUGUUCAGUCUCCGAUUUAUCUGUUUGUUCUGGAUACAUGCAUGAUCGAGGAGGAGUUGGAAUUUGCCAAAUCGGCUCUUAAACGGGGUGUUGGGAUGCUUCCUGAUAAUGCCAUGGUUGGUUUUAUAUCCUAUGGUACACAAGUUCAAGUGCAUGAACUGGGGUUCUCGGAGUUGUCUAAGGUGUAUGUGUUCAGGGGAUCGAAGGACAUGUCUAAAGAUCAAGUCUUGGAGCAGCUGGGACUUGUCUCUGGUGGUAGACGGGGUAUUCAGAAAGGUGGUGGCGGACCUAGCCCAAUGGCUGGAGCUGGUGCCACUGCAGGGAUUAAUCGGUUCUUGUUACCUGCAUCUGAAUGUGAAUAUGCGCUCGAUUCGUUGUUGGAUGAAUUGGCAACCGAUCAAUGGCCAGUGGCACCAGGUAACAGGGCAUUGAGGUGUACUGGAGUUGCUCUGAGUGUUGCAGUAGGGUUACUAGGUGCAUCUAUGGCCGGAACUGGUGCACGGAUUAUUGCGUUGGUGGGGGGUCCAUGUACGGAAGGUCCUGGAGCGAUUGUAUCAAAAGAUUUGUCUGAUCCUGUGCGCUCACAUAAGGAUCUUGAUAAGGAUGCAGCACCUUUCUUUAAAAAAGCCGUCCAAUUCUAUGACGAGCUUGGUAAACAGUUGGUUGCUCAGGGUCAUGUGCUGGAUGUUUUUGCUUCUGCGCUCGAUCAGGUUGGAAUUGCUGAAAUGAAGGUUGCCAUUGAAAAAACUGGUGGACUCGUCGUGCUAUCAGAAAGUUUUGGCCAUUCUGUCUUCAAGGAUUCCUUCAAGCGUAUUUUUGAAGAUGGGGAACAGUCGCUGGGGCUUUCAUUCAAUGGCACUCUGGAGAUCAACUGCUCAAAGGAUAUAAAAAUCCAAGGAAUCAUUGGGCCAUGCACAUCAUUAGAAAAGAAAGGGCCUGCUGUUGCCAACACUGUUAUAGGACAAGGGAACACUACAGCGUGGAAGAUGUGUGGCCUUGACAGGAGUACUUGUUUAACUGUUUUCUUUGAUGUUUCUUCCAGUGAAAAGUCUGAUCCUGCAGGACCAAAUCCUCAUCUAUACAUACAGUUUCUAACUAGUUAUCAGACUUCUGAAGGUCAGAUGCGGCUUAGAGUCACAACUGUAACUAGACGAUGGGUGGAUAGUGCUUUGGGAAAUGAGGAUUUAAUUCAAGGAUUUGACCAGGAGGUUGCUGCUGUAGUAAUGGCUCGGCUAGCUUCUUAUAAAAUGGAAAUGGAGGAAAGUUUUGAUGCUUCAAGAUGGUUGGAUAGGAAUCUGAUUCGCCUGUGCUCCAAGUUUGGGGACUAUCGGAAAGAUGACCCAGCGUCAUUUACAUUGAAUCCCUGCUUUUCGUUGUUCCCUCAGUUCAUGUUUAAUCUGCGCAGAUCACAAUUUGUACAGGUAUUUAACAAUAGCCCAGAUGAGACUGCCUAUUUUCGCAUUUUGUUGAACCGGGAGUCUAUAAACAAUGCUGCAGUCAUGAUCCAGCCAUCCUUAAUAUCAUAUGCGUUUAAUUCACUGCCUGCACCAGCUUUGCUUGACGUCCAAUCCAUCGCUGCUGAUCGUAUUCUCUUGCUAGAUUCGUAUUUUAGUGUAGUUAUCUUUCAUGGAAUGACAAUAGCACAGUGGAGGAAUAUGGGCUACCAGAAUGAGCCAAAACAUCAGGCUUUUGCUCAUCUGUUACAAGCUCCACAAGAUGAUGCUCAAUUAAUAGUUCGGGAUCGUUUUCCUGUACCAAGACUUGUGAUUUGUGAUCAGCAUGGCUCUCAGGCAAGAUUUUUAUUGGCGAAAUUGAACCCUUCAGCCACUUACAGCAAUGCACACGAGAUGAUGAAUACUGGGUCUGAUGUGAUCUUCACUGAUGACGUGAGUCUACAAGUUUUCAUUGAUCAUCUUCAGCGGCUGGCAGUUCAAGCUUCUUGA